AUGGUUCUUGAUGAUUUUGCCAGAGGCAGAAAGCAAGGGAGGCAAGAUCUCCAGUGCCGGGCGUUUGUGGAGAAGGUCAUAAAUAGCAGCAUCUUCAGGACAAUUAUCAUCAGCAACAUCGCGCUCAAUGCCUUUUUCAUGGUCUUGUGGACCAAUUAUGACAUAAGAUACCGCUUGUUCAGGGUUUUUGAGAUCUCAGAAAUCAUCUUUGUGUCCAUCUGCACCUCGGAGUUCUGCAUGAAGGUCUACGUGGACCCCAUCCUGUACUGGCAGGAUGGUUACAACCUGCUGGAUAUAGUCAUCAUCAUCAUCAUCUUCAUCCCGUACCUGCUCCGCAAGGUCAAGGGCAAACACUACGCCUACCUCAACGUGGCUGACGGCAUACAGUCCCUGCGCAUUCUCAAGCUCAUCCCUUAUAGCAGAGGCAUCAGGACCCUCAUCACGGCCGUGGGACAGACUGUCUACACUGUGGCCUCGGUGCUCACCCUGCUCUUCAUCCUCAUGUACAUCUUCUCCAUCCUGGGCUUCUGCCUGUUUGGAAUCUCUGAGAGGGGUGACAUGGACAACUGGGGGAAUCUGGCCGUGGCUUUCUUCACCCUCUUCAGCUUGGCCACGGUCGAUGGAUGGACAAACCUGCAGGAAGAGUUGGACAACCGGAACUUCCUGCUGAGCCGAGUCUUCACCAUCACCUUCAUCCUGCUGGCCUCCUUCAUCUUCCUCAACAUGUUUGUGGGGGUGAUGAUCAUGCACACAGAGGACUCCAUCAAAAAGUUUAAGCGUGAGAUCAAGAUUGAGCGGCACGUGACCAUGAUGGAGGAGAAGCAGGUGAUCCUGAGGCGGCAGCAAGAGAAGGUCAAUAAACUGAUGCAGACCCAGAAAGGCACUGACAAGAGUUUUCGUGACUUGGUGGAGAGCUUCAAGAAGACACUGCGGCACACAGACCCCAUGGUCCUGGAUGACUUCGGCACUAGUUUGCCCUUCAUUGACAUCUACCUGUCCACACUGGACAACCAGGACACCACUGUCAACAAGCUUCAAGAGCUGUACUAUGAGAUCGUGAAUGUGCUGGCCCUGAUGCUUGAGGACUUGCCCGAGGAGAAGCUCUCUGAGAUAUUAGAAAUGGUGGACUAG